AUGACAGAACUGGGAUCAUGGUGGUCAGGAUCACCCCCAGCUGAAAACUUGCGCAACGACCAUAAAAAAUAUGAUUCUAUACCUCUGGAGCAAGAUAAAAUACAACAGUCAAACGAAGAUGAGCUCCUUACAAGGAGGAUCCAUAUCCUGGGAUUGGGUAGUAUUGGCACUUUGGUCGCCCACUCGCUCAAAUGUCUACCAAAUCCACCACCGGUCUCUUUGAUAAUCCAUCGCCCUACCAUGUACGAAUCGUUUAAGAAGCAAGCUCGAAUUGUUCGCUUGGUCAAUGUACAAAGUGAUGUCAAUGACGAACAGACUGGCUACGAUGUUGACAUCCUUGAGAAUAAUGAUGGCGACCGACCUUAUUGGAAGUUCAUCCCUGAUACUCCUAAUGGUCCUGAAGCUGAGCAUACCAGUCCAGUCGAGCCGCUCGAGAAACUGCCUUCGGACGAGAACUACAUUUACAAUUUGAUAGUCACUGUCAAGGCUCCUGCUACGGUGGCUGCUCUACGAUCUAUCAAGCAUAGAGUCGAUGCAAACUCGACGAUUUGUUUCAUGCAAAACGGCUUGGGACAGAUCGACGAUGUCAAUCGUGAGGUAUUUACGGACCCAGAGACACGCCCUACCUAUAUGCUCGGAAUUGUGUCUCAUGGCGCUUACAUGUCUGGUCGAUUUUCUGUUGUCCAUGCUGGAUUCGGCUCCAUAGCCUUGGGAAUUCACCGCGAUACAGAUCGAUUUCCACUACCCUCGAAAUUAGUAAAAUCUUCGCAUUCUGAUCUUUCCGAAGAAGUGAGAAAGCUGCAUUACCCUACAGACGAAGACCUUUUUUCCAAUGUUUCUUCACGAUUCCUCUUACGCACCUUGACUAGAUCGCCCGUACUAUCAUGUGCGGCCUUUCCCUACCUUGAUCUUCUCCAACUGCAGCUGGAGAAAUUGUCAGCCAAUGCUAUCUUGAAUCCUGUCACCGCAUUGCUCGAUGUCCCCAAUGGUGCAUUACUACACAAUGCUUCAUUAUCCAUGGUGCAAAGAAUGUUGCUUGCGGAGAUAUCAUUGGUUAUUCGAGGUUUACCGGAACUGGAGGGGAUCCCUAAUGUUGUCCAGCGUUUCUCCGCUCAAAGACUAGAGCAUUACGUCCUGGGCGUCAUAUCCCGAACAGCACAAAACUCAAGCAGCAUGCGGGAAGAUUUCAGACGUGCCAAGCAGACCGAAAUUGAUUUUAUCAAUGGAUACAUCAUUCGGCGAGGUGAUGAGCAAGGAAUUAAAUGUGCUAUCAACUUCCUCUUGAUGCAUCUCGUCAAGGGGAAAACUUUGAUCCAACAGGGUGCCGAGGGCGCCAGUCUGCCAUAUGGCGUCAGACGCAUGGAGAGCGAGAUCGAUGCUCGUGGGUUGGUAACGCUAGAUGACCAGAGUACUCCAGCCAAGGGCAGAAUUUCGUGA